CUGGUGAUAUGUUGCCCUGGAGAAAACUGGCCCGAAGAAAUGCUAGCAGCUCUCGCCUCGAGCUCGAAGAAGCAGACAGUGACUACAGUGGAAGACUUGAGGGCAAUACCGGUACUGCAAACUCAUCAAUGGAAAAGCCUAAAACUGGUGAAACAAGUCCAUUGCAGAAAUUUGCAGCUUACGCGAAGUACAUACCGAAGGAAUCAGUUGCUCUGGAGAAGUUUUUAGCCGACCAGGCAGCUGUGCAGUCCAUACCGACGGAAGCACCUGGAUGGGUCUAUAACAAAACAGCUGCAGAUUUAUUUCGGAACAGAAUCUUACGCGACAGAAGCUUUGUGAACGGGAGCUUUCUGGUCACACAAGGCAACGUUGAGAACAACGUUCUAAAGAUCCCCAAUAUCGUCAAAGUGCCACCAGACAUCUUCAAAGGAUUUCCUAAAGUUCAACAUGGCUCCGAUGGACGAGGAAUAUUUGGAGGACAUUGGAAACAAAACCAAUCUGAUCCCCAUCAACCCCUCUAUGAUAGAAUACAGAUACAAGAUGAAAAGAAGAAAAAAGGCGAGGGUAAAGACUACAAGAGCCUUGAUGUCUGA